AUGAAGGUGCCCCUGGGCCUCCUUUUCAAGAGAGAACUUAUCUUCACCUGCAAGAGGCUGCUCCUCCUCCUGCUGCUCCAGGAAGCCAAAGGAGAUUCUGGAGAUGGUUUGGGUCCUAAGGAAGUGGUUGCAGUCCUUCAGGAGUCCAUCAGCUUCCCCCUGGAAAUACCAUCCAUUGAAGAGGUUGAGAACUUCAUCUGGUCCUCCCACAUAAGGCUUGCCACAGUGGUGCCAGAGAAAAAGGGACUUCCUGCUACCAUCAUGGUGACCAACCCUCGCUACCAGGGUCGAGUGAGCUUCCUGAACCCCGGAUACUCUCUGCACAUCAACAAUCUGAGUUGGGAGGACUCGGGGCCUUAUCAAGCUCGAGUAAACCUGAGGACAUCCCAGAUUUUUACCAUGCAGCAUUACAAUUUACGUGCCUACCGACAGCUGUUGGAACCUCGCAUCACUGUGAACUUUGAGAUCUCCGGGGAAGGUUCCUGUAAUAUGUCUCUGAUAUGCUCUGUAGAGAAGGCAGGCCUGGAUGUGACCUACAGCUGGAUAUCCCAGGAGGACAGCAAUGAUACAGGACAUGAAGGCUCUGUCCUCAGCACAUCCUGGAGGCCUGGGGACAAUGCCUUCUCCUAUACCUGCAGGGCCAGCAACCCCAUCAGCAACAUCAGUUCCCAUCUGAUACCCGCUGGUCCCUUCUGUGCAGAUCCUGGCUAUCCUUCGGAGAAGUCCUCAGCUUCCUUUUGCCUUCUGGCCAAAGCAUUACUCUUUCUCUUGCUGCUGGUAACUCUGGUCGUGGGGCUAUGGCUCAUCCAAAGCCAGGCAAGGUGCAAGUCACCAAGAAUGAAGAAACUCAGGAGAAACAGAAUGAAGCUGAGAAAGAAAGGGAAGCCUGGCCCCAGCCUGGACUGA